UGUGCAGCCCAGAUGUUCCUGUUUUGCGCCCUUGGUGGUAUUGACUGUUUUUUAUUGACUGCCAUGGCAUAUGACCGCUUUGUGGCCAUCUGCCAUCCCUUGCACUAUACUCUCAUCAUGACCCAGAAGCGAUGUAUCCAGCUUGUGCUUGUUUCUCUGGUUCUGGCUGUCUCCCUUAAUCUACAACUCACAACACUGAUUUUCAACCUCCCUUUCUGUGGGCACCGCCUAGAGAUCAAUCAUUUCUUGUGUGAUGUCCCCCCUGUCCUACGCCUGGCCUGUGGUGACACCCAAGUGCAUCAAGCUGUCCUAUUUGUUGUGGGUAUCAUUGCACUGACCAUACCCUUUGUGUUCAUCUCCAUUUCCUAUAUCUUUAUUGCCAAUGCCAUUCUACGCAUCCACUCAGCAGAGGGGCGUCGGCGUGCCUUUUCCACAUGCUCAUCCCAUCUCUGUGUGGUCCUUUUGCAAUAUGGUUGUUGCAGCCUGGUCUAUAUGCGUCCUAGGUCCAGCACCUCAGAGGAUGAGGAGUGGCAGAUUGCCUUGGUUUACACCUUUGUUACACCUCUCCUCAACCCUGUCAUUUACACUCUACGGAAUAAGGAUGUCAAAGAUGCACUGAAAAAAUCCAUGAGCUGCAAAGUACUCUCUGAAGCUCCAUGA